AGCCGCUGGGGACCUGAACAAGUCCAUGCAACAUUUUCCAGAAAGUUGCAGGGAUGAAGGUUCUGCCCCUCGCUGUCUUCUUCCUGCUCGUUGCAGUGAACCAAGCCAGAGUCUUUGGGAAAUGCGAACUGGCCAGGAUCUUCAAACAGCACGGACUGGAUGGGUAUGCAGGAUACACCCUGGGCAGCUGGAUCUGCCUAGCUUACUAUGAAAGUGGAUACAACAGCCAGAGUGUGGGGCCUCAAAACAGCGAUGGCAGCCGUGACUACGGGAUUUUCCGGAUUAACAGCCGCUGGUGGUGUUCCAAUGGCGAGGGCAAAACAUCAAAUGGCUGCCGUACCUCCUGCAGCAAUUUCACAGAUGAUGAUCUCACUGAUGAUAUCACAUGUGCCAAAAGAAUUGUUCGUGACCCCAGUGGUUACGUUUCCUGGGUUGGUUGGAAGUACCACUGCAGAGGAACAGAUCUCUCCAAGUGGACCUCUGGCUGUGAACUCUGAGUUUGGGGUCUCUGAAUAAAAAGUGUCACGAUCGCCA